AUGCAAUUUGUAGUUUGUCAAUGGGCGCUAUUUUCCAGUAUUUCAUAUAUUGUGGCAAAAAAGAUUAUUCCAGAAAUGAGAGCUUUCAAUAUAAAGGUCCAAUUAAUUACAAUAUUUCAGAUUCGGUUGAAUUUUUUUCAUUUAUACUCCUCGAAGGAUUAUCAGGUUAUUUAA